AGCUAAGAGUUCAAAUCCAUAUAUGUGAUUGGCUAAUUGAAAAGCAUAAUUUUCUGCAAAACAGAAUGCAGUGCAACUGAUGGGAUCCGUAUAUCUUAAUGGAGGGAUCGUGCAUGCCAUAGAACUUCACUAUAGCGUUUAUAGAUCACUUUAACUGUCAUGUUUUGUUUCAUUUUGCAAACCAGCAAUCGUUAUGGGCUGCUGAAAGAUAACCAGCUAACUUGAGCAAAAACCACUUUGCUCCAAACAUAUUGACAGCAGUGAUCCGCCGUUAAAAAAAAAGAAAGAAAAAAAGCAGCCACGAGAAGAAUUCAUUAUGAAGAAAAAGGGCAGACGUGUGCGGUUUCCGGAUACUUCACGCCAUGUGAAAAGGACGCAGACAGUCGUCGGCUCGGUCAAAAAGCCACUCGGAAAAAGAGGGAGACCUCGAAAAACGGUUGCAGUAGCAUCACCGUCGUUGGGCAGUAUCACUUGCAACAAUAGUGACACAGACAAGACUGCAAGUUUUGAUUUGAACAUGACAAUUACAGAGGGGACACAAAAGCAUUCGGAGCCCAGAUCAAAACCUUCAGGUAGACUAUCCACUGCACUCUGCAGGCUCUGCCAUGGGAAGUUCUCACCCAGAAGCCUGCAUAAUGCCUUUAACAAGUGGCCUCAAGAUGGUCUUGAGAAGAUCCCUGCCAAUGAAUCAAACUCAGUGGUCCAGUCACCACUUUUAUUCCAUACAGACUUCCAGCGCCUGGUUGGAGUACCGCUAGACCGUGACCCAUGUCUAUCUGAGUUUAUCUGCAAGAAGUGCCAUGCCAACUUCUACAAGUGCCAUAGCAUCCUGCACAGGUUCCUGCAGAGAGUCAACCUCCCAGCGGUUGGUAGAGAGAGCACAAGUGGCCAGAAAAAUGCCAGGUGUCCUCAAUUGACGGUAAACCACAGCUCAUCAACACCAGCUUCUUUUACCUCAGACCCCAAGUGCCUCCACAGCCUGGUAUCUUGGGCUCACCACCACGGAGAGGCUUGCAGUUCCUGUCCUGACCUUAAAGAGGUGCUGGAAGGCCAGUGCUGGGGCUCUGUCAGGGCUGUGUGGGGUUGCAUGGAUGGUCACAGCUACAUCAUGGACACGCAGCGCACCACCGCCUCCACCACCACCACUAACACCUCCGCCACAACUCACCACACUGGCAACCCAAAAUACACAGAGGCCAAUAACGGUGGAUCGUUAAGGAGUGGUGAUGACAACAGUCAGAUGUCAGAGGAAGAGGAAGAGGAGGAGGGAAAGCAUUCCAGAGGAGAUUUAAGGACUCCGGGGGGAACUGCAAGCGGCCUAGCCCAGCCCAGUCCAGCUGCAGCCACACCACAAACUCAAAGCUCAGCCCUGACCGAUGGGACCACCACCAACACUGAUGAAUUGCUAAGAAGAGAGGAGGUGCCAUCCCCAGCUCCGGCUCAGCUUGAGGACAGGACUGCUGAUAGUGAUCUCUCUGACAGGGACUUGGCCAUCGAGGAUGGGUUUGAGGAUAGUAGGAAGAGGGGCUUGUCAGACGAACUGUUUCAGCCUUUUCCAAAGAAAAGGCCAUGCAGAGUAACUGCCCCCAACAAGAGAAGACAAACUCCAAAGACCCCAGAGGAGCCUAAAAUUAAAAAGAAACCAGGACCUAAGCCUGGCUGGAAGAACAAGUUCAAACCUAAAGGAGAGGACCUUCCAAAUAUCUAUAAGUGUCCUUAUCAGGGCUGUACAGCUGUCUACCGAGCUCCUGAUGGCUUGAAGAAACAUAUAAGGGAGCAUCAUGAGGAGGUCAGAGAGAGACCCUGCCCACAUCCUGGUUGCAACAAGGUUUUCAUGAUUGACCGCUACCUGCAGCGACAUGUCAAGCUCAUCCACACAGAAGAGAGAAACUACAUCUGUGAUCAGUGUGGUCAGACCUUCAAGCAGAGGAAGCACCUCUCAGUCCACCAGAUGCGCCACUCAGGGGCCAAGCCACUACAAUGCGAAGUGUGUGGGUUCCAGUGCCGCCAGCGUGCAUCUCUCAAAUACCACAUGACAAAGCACAAGGCAGAGGCCGACCUGGAAUUUGCAUGUCUGCUGUGCGGUAAACGUUUUGAGAAGGCCCACAACCUCAACGUCCACAUGUCCAUGGUUCACCCACUCAUUCAGGGGGAAGCCCAGAAAGACAGCAGCCAGCCACAGCAGCAGGUGUACUCCGACUUUCACACCAUCACAGUAACUGGAGAAGUGGUUCAGCAGGACCAAGACAGAUGAAACCCAGAACU